AACUACCAGAAUAAGUGUUCAUUAUGGCAAGUGUUCACAAAGGAAGAGGAACUUUCACUCACCGAAUAUUUAUUGACUGCUAAACAUGAGAGUCAUAUCACUAUUGAAGCAAUUGAUAUGGCCAGAAAUAAUGGAAUUGUGAUGAUCACAAUUCCUCCACACAGUAGCCACAAACUCCAGCGUCUUGACAGAGGUGUCUAUGGGCCAUUCAAGGCAUAUUUAAGCACCUCUUUCAAAAAUUGGCAUCUGACCAAUCCAGGGAGAACCAUCAAAGUCUAUGACAUUGCCUCAAUAAGUGGGACAGCUUAUCGUUUGGCUUUUACCCCCUCAAAUAUAUUAUCAGGUUUCUCAUCUUCAGGACUGUGGCCCAUUAAUCUUAAUAUAUUUUCUGAUCACGAGUUCCAUCCAAGCUCUGUGAGUGAUAAACCUCAUCCAGAUAUGAGUGUAGAAUCUUCUGCUGGACCUUCUAAUAUCUGUUCUCCAACUGAAGCUAAUAGGUCUACACCUUCAGUGUCUUUGGAGGAAAUUAGACCAUUCCCUAAAGCUGAAAUUAGAAAAGAUAGCAGGAAAGGUGGGAAAAGUGGAAAAUCAAGAAUUCUUACAGACACACCUGAGAAAAAAUUUGAAGAAGUCACUUAAGAAAUGUGAAGUUGAUGAGAAAAAGAAAUCCACUAAAAAAUGAAAGCAGUCUGAUUAUGAUUCAGAUGCUUCUUUAGCCUCAUUCAUCUCCAAUGAAAGUGAGAUAAAUAUUGACGAUUUUAUCAAGAAGAAUGAGGAGGAGUUGAUGGAGUCAGAAGAAAAAGAUUUUGAAACUCCUUUAAAAAUAGGAAGAUGGGUCUUGGUCAAAUUUCCCACAAAAAUAACAGUGAAGCACUAUAUAGGCCAAAUUGUAUGUGUGAGGGAUGGUGUUCCCAGUGUGAAAUUUGCAAGGAGGGUCAAGAAGACUUCACAUUUUGUCUGGCCUCAAGAGGCUGAUGAAAGUGAAGUUCAGGAUGGAGAUAUUGUGGUUUUCUUGCCUGACCCAGAGAUGGGA